GAGCAACGCGCACAAGACUUCUCAAUAUGAUGGAAAAUCUCGAAGCUCCCCACCCUUACGGAAUUCUGCAAUGGCUUCAAAUGGCAGAGUUUCGCGCCUUUGCCUUUGAUAACCUGCGGGUUGACUGUGUCAAGACCUGGGCUGGUUACAAAACCCAAGUCCACCCCUGGUGGAUUUUCCUCCUCCUAGGAAGGUUUAUCGCGACGAUGCUUGGCCAAGAGAAGUUUGAAUGCACAGUCGGUGGGAACCGCUACCAGUGUCCUAGACCUGAAGAAGAGAAGAUGGAGCUGGAGUACAGGUAUGAUGAAUGGGCAUAUGAGACGGACGAUGUGUCAAUCGACAGGCCUUAUGAGUAUGGAGAUUUAUUAAACUAAGACGAUAUUGCAAUGUGGCUCUAUUUGGAGUUGAUAUAGCUGAUAGCUGAUGCUUGCAUCGCACGCCUUACUUCGACGGUGUUGCUCCUCGUUUUACAUCAAUCUCUGAAAGUUCUAGGAUAGAUGAACAAUAAAACUUGA